GUCAUAUCUUUUUAGCCGUUUGUGGUUGUCAAAAGUUUUGGAGUAAACGUCAACGAAGUAAAUAAAUAAAUAACAAAAUCUAAUUGCUAAUGGUGGUUUAUUAAAUAGCAAAUUAACUUUAAUUAUUAAUCAUGGCUACAGACUUGAGUGCCAGUUUUAAUGAGCAAUACAUCAGUAUUAACACAAAACUGAAGAAGAGAUUCCUUAGAAAACCCAAUAUCUCAGAAGCAACAAAUGAGUUCAUAGCUUUAGCAAUACAAUGUGAACACUCGGAACAACCGUCUUUUGCUGGUCAGACAUAUAUAGGAGCUGCAAAAUGUGAGGCGUCCGCUGGCAACUUUCUAGGAGAGGCAGAACAACAUUUAGCUGCUGCAAGACAAUUUAUGAAGGCAGAGAAAAAAUUAGCAUCUAUGAAAUUUGAUAGCCCUGAUAGGGAGAACCUAGAGGCUGCCAUUGGUUGUUAUAUGUGGGCUUUAGUCAAGUACCCAGAGAAGUCCCCGCUCCGCACUUCCAUACUACUGGAACUUGCUGAUGGUUUGGUGGAUCUGAACUAUAAGCAAGAGGCUCUGGCUUACUAUGAGGAGGCAGUGAAUACCAUUGAAGACAAGACCAUGAAAUUAAUGUGUAUGAGGAAUUUUUUCAACUUGCUGUUAGAAUGUGGUAAACAUGACCAAGCUUUGGAGACAGCCAAUGAAAUAUGUGAUUCCAAUUUCCAUAUUCCUGAAAGAAUAUUGACAGAAAUACAAGUGAGCAGAGUAUUGUUGGUGCUGCUGGUCAAGCCAGAUGAAGAUACCAAGUCUGAAUCACUCAAACAACUUGUAGACAACUUGCUCAAUGAUGAAGACACUGAUUCAACACCAUUCAACACAGACCUGCGUCUCAAACUACAAUCAAUCAUGAUAGCGAGUGGUGCACAGGACCAGCACUCCCUCAUCAGCGUGGCAGCAGACAGCAAGCAACACCUUACUGCACAGCAGAAGGAUUUACUCGAUACACUGAUAUUGGAACAGAGAAUAGAAUGAUAACCCACUAAAACUGUAUCAUAGCUCCACUUCCUAGUAAAAUAAAAUAAUUUGACAUUUAUUUUGUCAAAACCACAUCAUAACAGUCAAUUUCUUGUUUUUUCUUUUUUUUAAUUUUGAUUCUUUACAAGUUAGCCCUUGACUACUAUCUCACCUGAUGGUAAGUGGUGAUGCAAUCUAAGAUGUAAGCGGGCUUGUUAGGAGUAGAAUAAAAACUCACACACCUUUCG